AUGCUUAAGAAUCUCCAGGGUUCUCUACAUCCACCUGGAGAUAGCUUGGACUUACUUGCAGAGGCAGGUGAAAUCACCUCUCCAUUGGGAGCCAUGAUAUUCAAUAAAGACCUUGCCCGUGAUAACAGCGGUGACCCCAAGCUAGACAUUGGAAUCUAUGAUACCAGUGUUUACACAAGCGAGCUGUGGGCGAUGGCAAAUAAUUAUGCCGCCAGCCACAUUGGCGUUGAUGCUCAUCCCCCGUGGUCUCCAAACUCUGAUUACACCAUGAUCAAUUUCCGACACUGUGAGCAUGAGAGUCUCAUGCCACUGAGGUUCCGACUUCAUGCAAGUCGCUUCCAGGAUCAUCCCCCUGCCGAACUCCAGACUCAUCGCGACUACUGGAGCCCGUGGUUAUUCUUCCAGUUGGUUUGGCAUGCGGUGCCUUGUUUAGUAAACCAUCCAUUUCUGUUGUCCAUGCGACUUCGGAACUUCCGGAGGACAAUGCCUCAGUCAUUCCUCCGCAAUUCUUUCGAGCAGCUGACCUUCCACUCUGGCUGGGUUGUUUAUUUCCUCGAGCUUAUCGAGGCAAAGAACUUCGAGGUAUCUGACCCUAUCAUAGGGCAAUGCGUGGCAAUUGUCGCUACCAUCUAUCUUCAACAUAGCUUUGUUGAGGAUGAAGCUUUUAACAGAAAGGCGCAAACGGGAUUUGAGAAAUGUUUUAGAUUCCUACGGAACAUGAGUCAUCGAUGGCCACACAUCGAUCGCCAGGUCCGACAACUACAACAACUCCGGGACAGCGUUUCCUCCGGAGGCCUUAUGACAGGCAGCAUUGCCCCAGGAGGAACCAAUUCUCGUCAGAAGUGGUCUGUGAACUCGCAGCUAUUGUGGAAAAUCUUAGUUUAUGCCCAUGCAAGUAAUACAUCAGAUCCUGCUAGCGACAUCUUCGGCCCCGAACUUGCCAAGGACAGUGUCGGAUGCUUAGGGGAUCCUUCCGCUAGCGCCAUCACCGACCGUGAUUUUACUUUGAUUGGAUCCGCUGGAAUCUCCGGCCACAAGACAGUGGCCCCGGAGUGUGUCACCUAUCCACCUGAGCAGACUGAGGAUCCCAUGCAAACGCCGAGUCAGACCUCACCGAGGAUGGACUUUUCAGAACUCCCGGGGGACGCUAAUAUGGAGUUUAGCGAGAGCGAUACUUUAUUCCGGCAGCUUCAAGAUUAUGGGAGGGCUUUUGAGGAUUGGCUAAGCGUUAACCCAACGUGA